GAGUACUCAAAAUGAGGCUGCUUCUGAGUGCGGUAGUUGGUUUCAGUUUCUUGGUUUCACUUUUAAAAUUGCUUGAGCUGGUCAGAGCAGUUGUGGAAAACAGCUAAAAAUGGCUCUUUCCCAGGUAUUUUAAAGAUCCUAAAGGCAGUUAAUACUAGUAAAAGAAGUGUUUGGAAGUGACUGCCUAUAAAGAAAGGCACUGAACAAAGGAAAAGUUACAGAAAGCAGAGUAGAGCAAAAAAGAUUGGUCAUUACACUGUGACCAUUUUUCUCUUCUUCGAUUUUUGGAACUGUGUUGGAACCUACAAGGUAAUUCACAUGGAUCUAGAAAUUAAGAUGAUGAUGAUGAUUCUUAGGUAAAAAAUGCACAGCAGCACAAGUUUGCCAUGCCUUGACGGAGGGCUUUGUGGAAUGCUCUGGAACAGCCACUGAGAAGCCAGGAUUAAAACCAAGGAGAAUUGAAAGUUGUGUAACAGAGAAACUGGGGAAAAAACAAAAACAAAGAAGUUGAACACAAAUUCGUUCCCAGCGAAUUGACUGUUUCCUUGUCUUUUGCUGUCAUGCCAAAUGCCAGAUCCACAUAAGGCCUGCUCUGUGAUCUCGAGUGAAUUUGGGCAAGUGCACAGGAUGGCUUCAGAUCAACUGGUUUUCUUUGUGAACGGCAAAAAGGUGGUGGAAAAAAAUGUGGAUCCAGAAACAACUUUACUGACCUACCUACGGAGAAAAUUGGGGCUACCUGGAACCAAGCUAGGCUGUGGAGAAGGUGGAUGUGGUGCUUGCACUGUUAUGAUAUCCAAGUUUGACAACUCCCAGAAGAAAAUCGUCCACUACUCUGUAAAUGCUUGUCUGUUCCCCAUCUGCGCAUUGCAUAACGUAGCAGUGACUACUGUUGAAGGCAUAGGGAGCACAAAGACAAGGUUGCAUCCCGUCCAGGAGAGAAUAGCAAAAAGCCAUGGAUCCCAGUGUGGCUUUUGCACUCCUGGCAUUGUCAUGUCCAUGUAUGCAUUACUUCGCAACAGACCUCAACCAAGCAUGGAGGAGAUUGAAGAGAAUUUCCAAGGAAACUUGUGUCGCUGUACAGGAUACAGACCCAUUCUGCAGGGGUACAGGACAUUUGCUAGGGACUGGAGUUGCUGUGGGGAAGGAAUCAAUGGGCCAGGCUGCUGUAUGACUGGAAAGGAUGGAGGCUGUUGUGGUAGAAAAGUCAAGGACCCAGGUUGCUGCAUGAAUGAGACAAAAGACAAUGCAGCAAUGGUGUCCUCCAUCUUGUUCAACCCAGCUGAGUUCCAGCCUUUGGACCCCACCCAGGAGCCUAUCUUCCCUCCAGAGUUGCUGACGCAGAAAGACAAACCCCAGGAACAGCUGUGCUUCAAAGGCGAGCGUGUGAUGUGGAUACGGCCCACGACACUCGAGGAGCUGCUGGCACUCAAGGCCCAGUACCCCGAUGCUAAGCUCGUUGUAGGGAACACAGAAGUUGGUAUUGAGAUGAGGUUAAAGAACAUGCUGUAUCCAGUGAUAAUAGCACCAGCUUGGAUCCCUGAAAUGACCUUUGUUCAGCACACAGAGGCAGGUAUUACCUUUGGUGCUGCCUGCACCCUGAGCUUUGUAGAAGUGGUGCUGAAAAAAGCUGUGGCUGAACUUCCUGCCUACAAAACGGAAUUGUUCCAGGCUGUACUAGAACAGCUGCGAUGGUUUGCAGGCCCACAGAUCAAAAACGUUGCAGCGCUUGGGGGAAAUAUAAUGACUGCUAGUCCAAUUUCCGAUCUCAACCCUGUCUUUAUGGCAUGUGGUAGCAAAUUGACUUUGGUGUCAAAUGAGGGCAAAAGGACUAUAAGGAUGGAUGAAAAGUUCUUUACUGGUUACAGAAAGACAGUACUAAAGCCUAAGGAAAUACUGCUCUCCAUUGAGAUGCCUUACUCUAGGAAGGAUGAGUAUUUCUCAGCCUUUAAGCAGGCUUCCCGUCGGGAGGAUGACAUUGCUAUAGUGACCUGUGGAAUGAGAGUCCUGUUUCAAGAAGGUAGCAACCGAGUCCAGGAGAUUAAGCUGGCCUAUGGAGGAAUGGCUCCCACAACCGUACUGGCAGAAAAAACUUGCCAGAAUCUUAUCAGCAGAGAGUGGAAUGAAAAUCUGCUGCAGGAAGCCUGCCGCCUGUUGGCAGAGGAGAUGAACCUGUCUCCUUCAGCUGUCGGUGGGAUGGUGGAGUUCCGACGCACGCUCACGCUCAGUUUCUUCUUUAAAUUUUAUCUGAUAGUGCUUCAGAAAUUAAACAAGCAACCCAAUGGGAAUAAUAACCUUGAUGAGUUGGUCCCCUCCAAAUACGUGAGUGCCACUGAGGUGUUUCAUAAAGAUCCUGUUGCCAACGUCCAACUCUUCCAAGAAGUGCCUGCAGGACAGUCUGUGGAAGAUAUGGUGGGACGGCCCGUGGUGCACCUUUCAGCAGUCAAACAGGCAUGUGGAGAGGCUGUCUAUUGUGAUGACAUACCUUGCUAUGAAAACGAACGCUACUUAACACUGGUCACCAGCACAAAAGCCCAUGCCAAAAUUAUUUCUAUAGAUACAACUGAAGCCCAGAGUGUCCCCGGGUUUGUGUGUUUCGUCUCUGCUAAGGAUAUUCCUGGGAGUAAUGUCACUGGGAUUGCUAAAGAUGAACCUGUUUUUGCUGAUAACACGGUCACUUGUGUUGGCCAUAUCAUUGGUGGAGUGGUUGCAGACACACAUGAACAUUCCCGAAGAGCUGCUAAAGCUGUAAAGAUCGAAUACGAAGACCUCACACCUAUUGUCACCAUUCAGGAAGCUAUCGAGAAACAAUCCUUUUAUCAGUCUCCAAGGAAGAUUGAGAAAGGAAAUGUCCAGAAAGGAUUUGAAGAAUCUGAUCAUGUUGUAGAAGGGGAAAUGUACAUUGGUGGGCAGGACCACUUUUAUCUGGAGACUAACUGCGCCAUUGCCGUGCCUAAAGGUGAAGAUGGAGAGAUGGAACUGUUUGUGUCCACCCAGAAUCCUACCAAGACACAGGACUGUGUUGCCAGUGCAUUAGGGGUCCCAGCGAAUCGAAUUUUAGUUCGAGUGAAGAGAAUAGGAGGAGGUUUUGGAGGCAAGGAGUCCAGAAGUACUCUUUUGUCAACAGCAGUAGCUGUGGCUGCAUUCAAAACUGGUCACCCCAUACGAUGCAUGCUGGAUCGAGAUGAAGAUAUGCUGAUUACUGGUGGGAGACACUCCUUUUUGGGACGCUAUAAGGUUGGCUUCAUGAAGAGUGGUAAGAUCAAUAGUUUGGAGGUGUCAUACUACAGCAACGGGGGCAACUCUGAAGAUCUUUCUGUGGCCGUUAUGGACAGAGCUUUGUUUCACAUGGAUAACUCUUACAACAUCCCCAACAUCAAAGGUGUGGGUACAGUUUGCAAGACUAACUUGUCCUCCAACACAGCAUUUCGUGGCUUUGGAGGUCCCCAGGGAAUGAUGGUCGCUGAGUGCUGGAUGAGUGACGUUAUCCUGACGUGUGGUCUGCCAGCAGAGCAGGUGCGAAAGCUGAAUCUUUACAAUGAAGGAGACCUGACCCAUUUUAACCAAAAGCUUGAAGAGUUCACUUUGCGAAGAUGCUGGAAAGAGUGUCUAGAGAACUCAAAGUAUUGUCUCAGAAGGAGACUCAUUGAUGAAUUCAAUAGACAAAAUCGAUGGAAGAAGAGGGGGAUAGCCAUUAUUCCUACGAAGUUUGGGAUCAGCUUCACUCUUUCCUUUUUGAAUCAGGCUGGGGCUCUGGUACAUGUGUAUACAGAUGGUUCAGUGCUGCUUACACAUGGUGGGACUGAGAUGGGUCAAGGACUUCACACCAAGAUGAUCCAGAUUGCCAGCAAAACUCUGGGAAUCCCCACCACCAGCAUUCACAUCAGCGAGACCAGCACUAACACGGUCCCAAAUACCUCUCCAACAGCCGCUUCUGUCAGCGCAGACAUCAAUGGGAUGGCUGUCCUCAAAGCGUGUCAGACUAUUUUGGAAAGGCUAGAGCCAUUCAAAUGUUCAAACCCCGAAGGAUCCUGGAAGGACUGGGUGGGAGCAGCCUACGUUAACAGUGUUAGCCUGUCAGCCACAGGAUUUUAUAGAAUUCCUGGCCUUUGGUAUGACUAUGAGGAAAAUAAAGGACAUCCUUUCAAUUAUUUCUCUUAUGGGGUUGCUUGCUCCGAGGUUGAGAUAGACUGCCUGACAGGUGACCACAAGAACCUUCGCACAGACGUAGUAAUGGAUGUUGGCACCAGCCUGAACCCAGCCAUAGAUAUAGGACAGGUAGAGGGAGCAUUUAUCCAAGGCCUUGGGCUUUUUACCAUGGAGGAGUUACGCUAUUCCCCUGAAGGAGACUUGUAUACCCGAGGGCCUGGAGCGUACAAGAUCCCAGCGUUUGGAGACAUCCCAACUGAGUUCUGUGUCUCUCUUCUCCGGGAUUGUCCCAACAGCAAAGCGAUUUAUUCAUCUAAGGCUGUGGGUGAGCCUCCCCUGUUCCUGUCUGCCUCUGUGUUUUAUGCCAUUAAAGAUGCCAUCUUCGCUGCAAGGGCAGAAUCUGGCCUGACAGAGCCAUUCAGACUAGACAGCCCUGCCACCCCGGAGAGGAUCCGCAAUGCCUGCGUCGACAUGUUCACCAAAUUGUGUCCACCUGCCAAAUCAGGGACCUUUAAGCCAUGGUCUGUGAGGGUAUAAAAGGGAAGUUUAAGGAACAAGGUCUGUUCAUGAAGCUGGUUUUACCCCAUGGGACCAAAAAGAAAAACUCUGUAGCAGAAAACAAAUCUGUAUUCAUGUGUCUCAUCCAUUGAUUCAUGAAGCUCUAUAAUCCAAUUGUUGAAUCAUCAAUUCCAUGAGGAAAGGGUAUUCAUUGCAGGUUAUUGCUGGGAUGAAAAUGUAAAUGAAGAGUAAAUUGAUGGCUUUGCUGUCUGUGUAAUUGAAAAUCUUACAAGGUUCAUUUAAGUUUGCUGCAAGAAUCAGAGAAAUGAUUACAACAAGCUUGUUUGUAAAAGCAUUUAUUUUUGUUAAGUAUGAUUAUAAAACUCUGAGAUGUGUUAAACUGGGGAGGACUUGGAUGUGCUAAAUCCAGUCAAAAUGGCCUUUUUUCCUUUUUGCACGUUGAAGUCACUAACCAGAUCUGGUGUAAGCAGAUAUUACUUUGUUGACUUAAAUGGAGUGUUGCCCACUUAUAUCUGGUUGGAAUUUGGCCUCUGUUUUAUGACAUUUAAAUGGCUGCACUGAUUGAUUCGUAGAUUCCAAAGCCAGAAAAGACCAUUGUGAUCCUCUAAUCUGACUUCCUGUAUAACACAGGCCAUAGAACUUUCGCAAAAUGAUUUCACCCAAAGUUCCAGGGCAGGGGUGACACAGCCACACAUUAGUUUGGACUGUACCCUGGUAUGUCUCAGGCUGUCAUAUAGACUGUCUGGAAAAAAAGGAAAUUUACUAGGGCUGUUGAUUAAUUGCAGUUAACUCGUGAUUAACUCAAAAAAAAUUAAUCACAAUUAAAAAAAUUCAUCAUGAUUAAUCACACUGUUAAACAACAGUAUAUCAAU